GCUCUCUUCCACUCUAGGAUCCUAUGAGUCAACCCAGCUUGGAAGCCGAGGCCUGCCUUGCUCCUCAGGACGCUCCUCAGGACGUGCCAAGUCAAGCUGAUACACCUGGGGAGCCAGUCAGGAAGAGCUGGCGCAGAGGUGCUCCUGGGAGGGUGGGGCUUGGCAGGUGAAUCACUGGCUCCUGCGGGAAGGAGAAGGUGGAGUUUGGGGGCCCUUUUGUUCUGCAGAGCCUGGAGAGCUGGUCAGACAGGAAGAGCUGACUCCUUGCAGCAGCAACAGGAGAGGAAAGAGGAGGCUGGCCAGAAGAAGGAGCUUGGAUGGUGGUCCAGGUGUGCCAAAACCAGGCGCAUGAAUGGGGCGAUGAGGAGUCAACACUGAUCGGAUGCUUUAGGGCAGUUUGGAUGGCCUGAUCUCCUAAGAACUACCAUGUGUCGCCUGGACCACCUAAGCCCAAGUUGCACCCAGAAGCUCCUGAUGAAAACGGGCCUCAUCCUAAUCGUCAUCGGCCACCUCAACUUCAUCACCGGAGCUUUGGUCCAUGGCACAGUGCUGCGCCACAUCGCCAACCCCAGGGACACCAUCUCCUUGCAGUACGCCGUCUCCAACAUUGUGACCGUCGUCUCCGCCAUCUUGACAAUCUCCUGCGGCAUCGCAGCCAUUGUACUCUCUCGAUACAUCUCCCGGAAACCACUGAAAUGGGCCGUCUUCUCCCUGAGUGUGGGCAGCACCCUGCUCUCGCUCUUCUGCUCCGGAGGGCUGGCGGUGGCCAUCGUGGUGACCUUUGCCAACCAGGGCCGCACCCUCCUGGAGCUCUGCACCUUCGCCAACGUGGACCUCAUCCAGAUCUCCCAUGAGUGCCCCUUCGAUCCCACCCGUGUCUAUAGCUCUGCCUUGGCCCUUUGGGGGCUUUCCUUUAUCCUGGACUCCAUUGAGAUCGUCUUCAGCAUCCGCUGCUUAAUCAUCGUUUCGGGGCUCCUCAACUUGAAGCUCUGUUGCAAAGGGACGCGCAAGAAGAAGGUCUCGCUGCAGCUGGUCCCAGUGGAGAACAGAGAUGCCAGCGAAGGACGGGAUCUUUUGAGGUUGGAGCGAGUGGAGACCGUGUGGCUGUAGAGCCGAACAGCUGCAGCCAAGGCGUGACCACAAUUUCGGAAAGACCUUGGACAAUGCAAGGACACAUUCAGCCUUGAAGAUGUCUCACUCCGAAAAGGACAGGAAGGAAAUUUAGUGGACAUUUGCAUCCGCUGGGGUUUGCUCCCAGCAUACCAAAAUCUGUGGAUGACCCAGUCCCAUAAUUACAGUAGAGUCUCGCUUAUCCGACAUAAACAGGAUGACAGAACAUCGGAUAAACGAAAAUGUCAGAUAAUAUGGAGUCCCUUACUGUUACCCGUCCAAUGUGGCACUGGACACCUAGAAUAUUAACAGAGACUCAAAGGUUUAAGGCAAGGCAAUGCCUCGGGCUACAACGUCCCAGAAGGAAGUGCCCGGAUUCAGAAGAGGAAUGUGGAAAUCACAGAGGGAAGGAGGGAGGAUGCUUCUGCUUCCAGUCGUGCCUCUUUUCCUCUUUUCCUUCCUCUGCCUCAUCUUGCCUCUUUCACUUAUUGAGAAUGGAGAGAGUUAGGGAGUGCACCUUUAAUUGAAGGGGAAAUGCUGGAGGAUAAGAGCGGUGGAUAAGACGGAAUGUCGGAUAAGUGAAGGUCGGAUAAGAGAGACUCUACUGUAUAUACAUUAUAUAAAAUAGCAAAUAACUCAAAUGAAUACCAGGGAGGAAUGAAGGAGCUAUGAAACAGUGGGAGGCAUCAGCAUUGAGCAAGAUCAAGAUUUAGGAAAAAAUUAAGAAAAAUUCCUUUGGAUGCAGGACUUAUGGAUAGGGAGGACUCAACUGUAUUCAAUCUCCAUUGUGGAUGAAAGUCUGGAGAUCAGCAACUAAGCCUCCAAUGGAAAACAUAGCAAAAUAUCGCUUUCCAUCAACCUGAAUCUCCCCAAAUUUUGUUCCGUUCCCCUCUCUCUGUGUACUUUUAAUACUCUGUACUUUUCAAUUCUUUUCAUUCUCCGGAACCGAAGGCAGAGCAGCCAUAAACCUCUGUUGUGAUCCGACGGACUUAUGCACUGAGACAAAACAACCCUUCUUGCAUUUCCUUUUCAAUUUUUUUAAUUUUGAAGGUAUUAAAAAGAAACAAACAGCCCCACAAUUGCCGCUGCCCGCUCCUCUUGGCAUGCACCCUGGUGAUAAGUGGAUUGUAAUAUAUAUAUUACAUAUAUAUAUUAAAAAUAUUUUUUUCAAACA